AUGGAGAUGAAAAGUUACCAGAAAAUCAAUCACUUCCCUGGAAUGAGUGAAAUCUGCCGCAAGGACUUGCUGGCCAGGAAUAUGAGCCGCAUGUUAAAGAUGUUCCCUAAGGAUUUCCACUUCUUCCCUAGGACCUGGUGUCUUCCUGCUGACUGGGGGGAUUUGCAGAACUACAGCAGGUCAAGAAAAAAUAAGACUUAUAUUUGUAAGCCGGAUUCGGGCUGCCAAGGGAGAGGUAUAUUCAUCACCCGGACGGUGAAAGAUAUCAAGCCAGGAGAGGAUAUGAUCUGUCAACUCUAUAUUUCAAAGCCCUUUAUCAUUGAUGGGUUCAAGUUCGACUUACGGAUUUAUGUGCUGAUGACCUCCUGUGACCCUCUGAGGAUUUUUGCAUACAACGAAGGACUAGCACGCUUCGCCACCACCUCUUACUCCCACCCCAGCACAGACAACCUGGAUGAUAUCUGCAUGCACCUGACUAAUUAUUCCAUUAAUAAGCACAGUUCCAAUUUCAUUCGAGAUGCUCACACCGGAAGCAAGAGGAAGCUCUCCACCUUCAACAUGUACAUGGAAAACCAUGGCUACAACAUGGAGCAGAUCUGGAGAGAUAUCGAGGAUGUCAUCAUCAAGACGAUCAUCUCCGCCCACCCCGUCAUCAAGCAUAACUACCACACCUGCUUCCCCAACCACACACUCAACAGUGCUUGCUUUGAAAUCCUGGGCUUUGAUAUUUUGUUGGACCACAAACUCAAGCCCUGGCUGCUGGAGGUUAACCACUCUCCAAGCUUCUCCACCGACUCCUGGCUGGAUAAAGAGGUGAAAGACAGUCUGCUCUAUGACACCUUGGUCCUGAUCAACCUGGGAAACUGUGACAAAAAGAAAGUCUUGGAGGAGGAGAGACAACGGGGGCGAUUCCGGCAGCAAUGUCGUUCUCGGGAGACCAGGAUGGAGGAGGUCAAGGGUUUCCAGGCCGUGCAGUUGGAGAAAACUGAGAAGUACGAGAAGGAGAACCGUGGGGGGUUCCGCCUGAUUUAUCCUACUCUGAAUUCGGAGAAGUAUGACAAGUUUUUCCAGGACAACAACUCCCUCUUUCAGAAUACUGUUACCUCCAGGGCUCGGGAGGUAUAUGCCCGGCAGCUGAUCCAGGACCUAAGGCUGAAACAGGAGAAAAAAUCCUUCCAAACAAAGGAGAAGAAGGUGGAGAUGCAGGGGGAGUCGGCGGGCGAGCAAGCGAGGGGCAAGAGCAUGAAGAGCUGCCGACAGAAACCACAGCAGAAACAUCAAGCCGCCACCCUCACCUUCAAACAACAUCUCCAGCCAAUGGCAUUGGUAUCCUCCACAUCUGACUUGCUCUUGAGUGUCAGAGACGCAAAGACAAAAGAGACAGACAGCAGCCUCGACCAGGAGACGCCCAUGAAAGGGGCCAGCCCUCCUCCCUGCAAGCCUCAAGCUGCAAGGCGAUACACCUCUGUACCCGACCUGAGGCACUCAAGCCUUCUCAGCUGCCCGGGGCUGGAGCUCAGUCAACCCAUCUCCAGAAUCAAGGAGGUCAAGUCUGCCUCUGCAGUGAACGUAUUCACCAGCCCUGGGCCCUUAACCUCACUAGAAACCUGCCCAGAUCCUGCCACUCAGGUCUCAGACUCCCCAGAGUCUCUGCCGAGCGGGACCGGGAUAACCAGCUCUGGAAGCAGUAGCCCCGAGGUGGAUACGGUGGUCUUCAAAUACAAGCAGCACCCCCUCCCCCAGGACCUCAUCCAGGGGAAAGUAUCAAAAAUUUCUCUUCCAACAAAAUCCCAGAGCUUCUUAGGAAGUCUGAAGCCAAGCUGGACUGCGCCGCAGAAUGAGACGACGAAGCAGCCUCUGAUGUCAGAGCUGUUCACCAAGGUUCCACUGAGGGAGAAGCUCGCCCUGUUCCCAGCUUACUACAACCCAAAGCUGGGGCCGAAUCACAAGUCGCAAACCCGCUGCCUGCCCUGGGAGUGCUCCUGCAGCAGCCGAAGCUCCGGCGAGAAGAGGCAGCUGCGUCUGUCCUCCGUCCUGCUCCUGCAUGGUCCUCCCAGCCGCGACGUGUCUCCCAGUGAUCUGCUGGUGGUUGCCACCCCAGCCCGACUGGAUCCGAGGCCCAGCAGGAGCCACAGCAGUGCUGCGAGAGACCCGAGUCGGGAAUAGUAUAGCCGCGGCCUGAUCUCUGGCCCAAAAGGAUGUGAGAGG